AUGGGUAUGAGAUUGGUGUGGUUGCUUGAGUUUGUACGUGGUGAGUUUGCUGAGAUGGGACCAGGGUUUGAAGAGACAUCACCAUCGGUUGGAUCAGAAGAAUAGAAAGUAAAUGAAGGUGGGAGUAGGAUUUGAAAGUUUUGUAGGAGGGUAUGUAUGUAGAGGAUUUGGGAGGAGUUGGAGGAGAUAGGCUAGAAAGGUAUAUGUUGAGUGCAUGGGAUGAAUAGAGAGGGGGGGGGAGUAAAGUGGAAGUAAAGAAGAUGGUGUUGCCAGAGACAGGUGAGCAGAAGGAUAGUGAUAUUUUAGUAAUGAGUGAAAUUAGUAUGAAAGUGAAAAAUAGAAGGGGGAACAUUAUUUAGAGAAAAUGUGUUUUGUUGUAUAAAUAUGAAGAUUAUACAUCUGUAUGUAUAUAAUCAUAGGCAUAAAUAUACACAUAUACCUAUGGCUAAGGGUGCAGUUUGUUAACAGAAGGAUUUCGGGUGAGGAGAGGUUUAGUGAUUUGAUUGGUGUGUUUUGAAGACCAGCUAAUCUGCACUAUCUUAAGCAUGGGACCAGGAACCAGACAGAGACAGAACUAGAUGCAAAAACACCUUUAUUAGUAAAUAACAAAGAAAUUACCAAAAGCAAAGUCCAGGAGGCAAGCAGGGGUGCAGUCACCAAAGCUGGUAGUCAGACGAGCCAGGAUCAGAAGAACGGAGAGCAGCGAAGUCAGGAACAAGGCCAGAGUCAGGAACCAGGAACAAACAGGAAACACAGGAACAAGGAGACUUCUGUGGAACAGGAAGCCACGCAAGGGUAAGGAGGUACUGGGAUUUGCUGCUUAAAUAGGCUGCACUGAUUAGCAACAGGGUUGAUUACUAUUCUCAGGUGAGUAACCGUGGCAACAUACUGAAGGAGCUGAUCGUUAAUCUCAUCUGAAAACUCAGACACUGAAAAAGGAAGGGUUGCUGUUUAAAACGGCAAAGAAACCCUGACAGGUAAUGACCAUGGGGUGGCUUGGGCAGCCUUCCAGAGAUGAUACCGCUGCUUAGUAGAUACUGCAGGGUUUGGUUGCUUGUGAGUAGUGGGUAUAGUUAAUCAAUGUCUUCAUACUUCAGCAGAUUUAUUGGAACGUUUCGAUUUCUUGAUAAAGAUCCCUGAAGUGAUCGAAACGUUGCUGUAUCUGUCAUGAUUUUCCAAUAAAUCUGCUAAUGUAUGAAGACCUUGACUGCCUGGACUACUUUGCAGUUCCUUGUUUUUUGGUAUGAUUUUGUUUUUGAUUUGCUAUGCAUUUACAGCUGUGAGAACAAGGGGGAAGGGUCAGCGCUAAAUAACAAGAAUAAGCAGCAACCCAAAAAAGGGAAUCCCUCAAAACCCUUAAUAAAACAAGCUAGAGGAUGGGGGUAAGGGCUGCUCUAAGGGCUAGUAACAUUAGUCUAAAACAAUAAAAACCAGACCAAAUGGUCUAAAUGGAUAAACAACAACAAGUAAACCUAUGUAGAUAAUAAAAAAUGGUGGAGAAUAAAAACUUUCACUUGAGACAACAGAAUAAAAAUAGAUCCGUCCAGAUCUAAAUAUAUUAUGGAGGUAAAUAAAAAGUCAUAUAAAAGUCUCACUAAUAUAUCUGGAAAAGGUAGGGGUACAGUCCUCGGGAGUUGAUCUGUCCGGAUUGAUAAAAUAUCCGUAUAUGUGGAGACAAAAGGAGAAUACGACAAGCAGCCGGUAGUGUAAUAUUGUAAAAUACAAUGGUAAAAUAGAUAAAAGGAAGGUAAUACACUCACAUUUGUGAGAGCUUUAACCAGCUCUGGGGUGAAUUAUUCUCCACCGUUUUUUAUUAUCUACAUAGGUUUACUUGUUGUUGUUUAUCCAUUUAGACCAUUUGGUCUGGUUUUUAUUGUUUUAGACUACUGUUACUAUCCCUUAGCGCAGCUCUUACCCCCGUCCUAUAUUUACAGCUGUGAGACUAACUGACUUUGCCACAGAUGGACUCCAAUCAAAGUGUAGAAACAUCUCAGAGAUGAUCCAGACAAAUGAGAUGCAUCUGAGCUAAAUUUUAAAUGUCAUAGUGUAAGAAAUUAUGACCCUUGUAGUUUCUAGGUUCGACUCUUACCUGGCUUGUCAAUUCUGUAAGAAAUUAUAACCCUCUUAAAAGGUUAUUCUUUUUGUGAAUGUGUGACAAACAGGACACAAAGACAAGUGUAUAAAAUAAAUGUAUUGUUAAUAUUGAUUUAGGAUACUGUUACAGAUUUAUGCAAUUCACAUUAUAACCAUAUCCAGUCCAAAACCGAAAGAUACAUAGUAAAAGGGCAAUAUUUAAACAUUUAAAUGAAGAUCCUCACCUUGCGCCUUCAUCUUUGGUAGUCUGGGAUAGUUUCUAUCAAUUCACCAUGGCACCUCUGCUUUGCCAUGCUGUCCUCCCCAAAAGAGACAAAGGGAGAAAAGAGAGCAACCUCCUUGGCUUUUGUCCUUUUAAAGACUGUUUCUUGCAGUCCUUAACUACAUGUCUCAGAAUCCCAUUCACCUCCCAAAAAGCGGUUAAUCCAGCCCCCCUUUUCCAGAGAGCUCUGUCUUUACACAAGUCUUUCCCUUUGAUCUCUUCCCUCCAGUUAUACUACAACACCCUGUAAGAAGUGACCGAUUAGGUUAGGUUUCUGAGUAAGUUGGACAGGAUGGGUUGGGAAAACACAUACUUCCAUGGUUACACAUAGAUGUUAAUAACUAAGAUCUUCUGAUCUUUUAUUUUAGCUGGGUGCUGUAAAAUGCAACAGAAAGUGCUGAUCUUUGUCACACUGUUAUCAAGUAGAUGACCCCAAGUUGUGAAACCAGUCACAUACACAGAAAGUUAUUUACAAUAUUGCAGUUUUGCAUAUCAAGUUAUUACAUUCCCCACCUAGUGGGCGAAUGACUCAAAAUUAAAAUGGCCCAUCUUAAAUAAAUACAGUAUUUUAUUAUGUAUGUUUUGAAUAUAUUUGUGUUUUACUGAGACACAAGUGAUUUGACAACCACAUAUUUAAAAUUUAGGGUACUGCGAGGCAUAAUUUAGCCAAAUCAUUGAGGCACUCACAGUCAUCUUCUUUCACCAAUAAUUUGAAAUCCUUCAGCCCUAAUAGGCUCAGCAUAGGCUCACUGCAACCAUUUUAUUUCACUCCCAUCUCACUCGGUUACCUGUGCCACCAACACUGCUUCCACCACACAGUUCCUUUAACCUUGGCCUUGCAUACUUUGAGCUUUUAGGCCUCUGACCUCUGCCACCUGGUGUAUUUUCACACCAGAAGCUGUUCGCUUAUAUACAGUUGCAAGAAAAAGUAUGUGAACCCUUUGGAAUGAUAUGGAUUUCUGCACAAAUUGGUCAUAAAAUGUGAUCUGACCAUCAUCUAAGUCACAACAAUAGACAAUCACAGUCUGCUUAAACUAAUAACACACAAAGAAUGAAAUGUUGCCAUGUUUUAAUUGAACACACCAUGUAAACAUUCACAGUGCAGGUGGAAAAAGUAUGUGAACCCUUGGAUUUAAUAACUGGUUGAACCUCCUUUGGCAGCAAUAACUUCAACCAAACGUUUCCUGUAGUUGCAGAUCAGACGUGCACAACGGUCAGGAGUAAUUCUUGACCAUUCCUCUUUACAGAACUGUUUCAGUUCAGCAAUAUUCUUGGGAUGUCUGGUGUGAAUCGCUUUCUUGAGGUCAUGCCACAGCAUCUCAAUUGGGUUGAGGUCAGGACUCUGACUGGGCCACUUCAGAAGGCGUAUUUUCUUCUGUUUAAGCCAUUCUGUUGUUGAUUUACUUCUAUGCUUUGGGUCAUUGUCCUGUUGCAACACCCAUCUUCUGUUGAGCUGGUAGACAGAUGGCCUUAAGUUCUCCUGCAAAAUGUCUUGAUAAACUUGGGAAUUCAUUUUUCCUUCAAUGAUGGCAAUCUGUCCAGGCCCUGACGCAGCAAAGCAGCCCCAAACCAUGAUGCCCCCACCACCAUAUUUCACAGUUGGGAUGAGGUUUUGAUUUUGGUGUGCUGUGCCUUUUUUUUGCCACACAUAGUGUUGUGUGUUUCUUCCAAACAACUCAACUUUGGUUUCAUCUGUCCACAGAAUAUUUUGCCAGUACUGCUGUGGAACAUCCAGGUGCUCUUGUGCAAACUGUAAACGUGCAGCAAUGUUUUGUUUGGACAGCAGUGGCUUCCUCUGUGGUAUCCUCCCAUGAAAUCCAUUCUUGUUUAGUGUUUUACGUAUUGUAGAUUCGCUAACAGGGAUGUUAGCAUUUGCCAGUGACUUUUGUAAGUCUUUAGCUGACACUCUAGGAUUCUUCUUCACCUCAUUGAGCAGUCUGCGCUGUGCUCUUGCAGUCAUCUUUACAGGACGGCCACUCCUAGGGAGAGUAGCAGCAGUGCUGAACUUUCUCCAUUUAUAGACAAUUUGUCUUACCUUGGACUGAUGAACAGCAAGGCUUUUGGAGAUACCUUUAUAACCCUUUCCAGCUUUAUGCAAGUCAAUAAUUCUUAAUCGUAGGUCUUCUGAGAGCUCUUUUUCUGCGAGGCAUCAUUCACAUCAGGCAAUGCUUCUUGAGAAAAGCAAACCCAGAACUGGUGUGUGUUUUUUAUAGGGCAGGGCAACACUUCCAAUCUCAUCUCAUUGAUUGGACUCCAGUUGGCUGACAUCUCACUCCAACUAGCUCUUGGAGAUGUCAUUAGUCUAGGGGUUCACAUACUUUUUCCACCUGCACUGUGAAUGUUUACAUGGUGUGUUCAAUAAAAACAUGGCAACAUUUCAUUAUUUGUGUGUUAUUAGUUUAAGCAGACUGUGAUUGUCUAUUGUUGUGACUUAGAUGAUGAUCAGAUUACAUUUUAUGACCAAUUUGUGCAGAAAUCCAUAUCAUUCCAAAGGGUUCACAUACUUUUUCCUGCAACUGUAGUGUAAUGAAGAGACCACACAAGGGAGAAACACAGUUUAUUGUUUGUAGUGGGGUUCUGAGUGUGAAGGUGCACAUUUAUUGAAAGGUGUAUAGCUGGAGUGGAGUUAUUUACAAUAUUGCAGUUUGCAUAUCAAUUUCUUACAUUAGCAAAUGGUCUGAAUACAUUGUUAGUUACGGAAAUAUUUGGAUACUGACACAAGUUUUGUUAUUUCUGCUGUUUAUCACAUUCAAGUUAAAUAUUGAAAAUUGGCCUAAAGUGCAGUCUCUCAACUUUAAUUUGAGGUUAUUCACAUCCAAAUUGGAGGAAGGGUUUAGGAAUUACAGCUCUUUGUAUGUAAUAUAUAGCCCACUCUAUUUCAAGGGACCAAAGGUAAUUAGGCAGUUGACUCAAAAGCUGUUACAUGGACCGGUGUGGGCUAUUCCUUUGUUAUUUCUUCAUCAAUUAAGCAGGUAACCAUUAUUUUUUUUAAUAGCCACACACCUGACAGCACCCACACUCACACCCUUAAAAUGUACCAUUUCCCUCUUUUUUUUUUUUUAAAUGUUGUGAAGUAUACUAUAGUUCUCCAUUUUAUGAUGAGAUGUGAUUUAAUUAGUUUACAAUCACCUAUGCAUAGUCUGGUCAGUGAUUUCAACUAUAGCUGUGUUCUUAUGAAAACAAUCAUCAGAACACCGUUUUGACUUCUCAUGCUUACAUUGGCCAAGUUGGUGAGAAUUUGGAAUACCAUGAAUGUGUAUGACCCUACUUUUUGGUUUACUAUGAAACUACAAUUCUCCCCAUAUAUCUUGGCUGAGCCGUGUUUUAAUAGCCUUACAAAGGCUUAAAUUUGGAUUUGCUUAUGUUUCUCUUCUUAGUUAUAAAAUGAGUACAACGUACCAACCACCUAACUGAUUAACUAUAUUAUUAAACUAUAUAUUUUAUUAAUAAAGCUAUGUACUUGCAAAAAAUAAAUUUUAUUUUAUUUCAAAGGUAUCUUCUGCUGCUUCAGAUGAACUUCAAAGAGAUUCAGAAUUACAAAGAAAAAAUGAAGAAAAAGAGGCCAAACAGCAAUCAAUGAAUCCACCUGCACUGCUGAAACCACCCCCUCCACCUCCCAUUGUAAAAAAAUCCACAACCAAGGUCUCACCAGUUUUCACAAACAACUCUGUAGAAGCAAGAGAGGCCUUAAUGGAAGCUAUUCGCUCUGGCAGUGGUGCAUCAAAAUUAAAAAAGGUAGAGUUGCAUAGCCCAAGCAUAUAUUGUAUAUAACAUAUGUAUAGAAUUAACAUAUGUUAAUAUGUUAACAUAUGUUAAUUCUCCCUAUUCACACCUUCCUGCAUGUGACUUGUACAGCCUUCUUCAACACUCCCUUUAAAGUGAGAUCUAAUGUUUACACUUCCUUUAUUUAAUUUAGAAUUUUGUAUCUUGUGCACUGUUAAUAUCUUGGUAGGCCUUGCAGGCUCUUUUUUCUGGGAGAUGCCUAUUGUUUAGGUAUCCUUUGGUGGGGGAUGGAAGGGUCCAGACAAGUGAUCUUCAUUAGAGUGAGUGAACCUAAACUGAUGGAUUGGAGGGUAGCUGACAUUUAAUAUUGAUGCGUGUUUUUUUAAGUGAAAACUCCACGGUUAUUAGUUCAGGGAACCCAGAGUCAGCGGGAAUGCGUCCCCCCAGCACUGAUAGCCAAGUGGCCAACAUCAUGUCCUCUCUAACACCAUGCAUGCACGAGGGCAACUGCAGUCUGAACCUUUCCCACCAUAACCCCUUCUAUUAAAUGAUAUAUAGAGAGUUAACGUAGCAAUGCACAGCUCUGUGUGUGUAUGUAGACUCAUUUUUGUUCUAGAGAUCUAUAUAUAAACUGUACACUACAGGGCUCCCUUUAACCAAUGCUGCCAUAAAGCAUGCUUGCAAUUUAAGGUGAAUAUCUUUAUCCUUUUGUACAGGAACUAUUGACCUGAGUAUUUGGUGUGUUUCACUGAUCAUGAAUUAGUGAGAUAACAUCCUUUUUCUGUAGACUCACGUCUAUCAUUUUUCCACCCUAGUAUUGUCAUAUCCACCAUUAUUUCCUAGACACAUUUCUACAGGCUGGUGAUGCAGUUCCUGUCAUUUCUUUAGGAAAGCAUAUAAUUUAUGCUUCAUUCCACCCCCCUCCCCAUGACUCAUAUCCUGCAACUGUAAAAAAGUUCUCAGUGAAUACUUUUCUAGCAACCUAUUCAUUACCCCUACUUAUACCUUUUGUGUCACUAUACUCCAUUCACUCUAGCAUGUAAGCUCAUUGAGCAGGGCCCUCAACCCCUUUGUUCCUGUGCGUCCAUUUGUCUGGUUACAAUUAUGUGUCUGUUAGUCCACCUAUUUGCUGGCGCUAUUUAAAUAAUAAAAUAAUAAUAAUGUCUACUGCUGUAGUAUAUAGCAUUCCAAUGCUAGAGAGAGUUAUCCGUUCACUAACAAAACAGGUAUAUCUCUCAGUGUGCGUGUGUGUUAUUGAAUGUGUGAGUGAGUGAAUGAAUGAGUGUGUGUGUGUCUGUCAGUGUGUCUGUCUGUUAGUGAGUCUGUGUGUAUAUCUGUGAGUGUGUCUCUCAGUGUGUGUCUGUGAGUGAGUGAGUGUAUGUCUGUCAGUGUGUGAGUGAUUGUGUGUGUCUGUGAGGCAGCCUGUGUGUGCUGCAUGGACAGUGGUUUAACUUAUAAAUGGAAGAAAUGGUCAGUUAAGCAAUGAGGCUUAGAGAAUGAUCUAUACACAAACACUGCUUAAAUAAGCUAAAUUUAUUUUGGUGACUAUAGUGCCCCUUUAAGAUUUCCAAUUGAUUCAAUACUGUUAGAACAACUUUCCAAAUGAUUUAUGUACAGAAGUCAACAUUAACGUGUAUGGGACAUUUUGUAAAUAAAUCAUUUUGAAAAAAAAUUCUCACAGUAUUGAAUCAUUUGGAAAGUGUAUUAAAUCAAGGCCUUGGUCCUGUGGCAAAAAAAUAAAUAUAUAAUUUCCUUUUUUUAUCUUCAUCAGAGCUAUUAUUUAUUAUGCACCAUUUGUAAACAUUGAACUUCAUAUUUCUCUGAUAUAUUUGUCGCCAGGAUUGCAGUCUGCUUGAACCAUAUGGAAACAAUAUUUGAAAUUAAAAUCUUCUCAGUCUAAAAGCCCUGUGCACAGUUAUGAAAAGUAAUGUAAAAAGAAAACUGUGUGGUUUGAGAAGAAAAAUAUUGACAGGCAGCAUGCAAUCUGCUUGCGCUGUUCCAUAAAUUUAUAUAUGAACUUUGUCAUUUAAGCAGCCCUCAACAGUUACUUUUCCCAGAGAAGACUAUAGAGAUUUAAGCAUUAUAGUAAUUAAUCUGUUUUAUGCACUGAUUAGCUUUUAAUAAAAUAUAGCAUCAUCUAUAACUUGUUUCAGAGAUCUCAGUUACAAAAAACUAAAUAUUGUAGAUCACCAAUGUGAAUUGCAUGUCAAACAUGAAAUUGUUUAUUGUGAGGAUUAAUAUGGAUUUUGGAUCCCAUUAUACAUUCACAUGAACAAUUUUACCAUGGACAAGUUACAUAUAUAGCUAUUUUUUAUAUAGCUAUUUUUACACUAUUUUUAGCUGACUGACUCAAUGAAUAUUUUUGUUCAGUGUUUACAGAUGAAAAUGAAGGAAAGGGGCCUCAGUUAGGAAAAAGGACACAAGUAAUUUGUUACAUGUGAGUUUACAGAGGAAAAACAAAUAAGUCCAUGGGACCUGAUCGAAUACACCCAAAGUUAUUAAAAGAGUUUAGCGGUGUACUAGCAAAACCAUUAACAGAUUUAUUUAACCAAUCAUUGUUAACAGGAGUAAUCCCAGAAGAUUGGAAGUUAGCGAAUGUUGUGCCCAUUCAGAAGAAAGAUUGUAGGGAGGAGUCGGGCAACUAUAGGCCAGUAAGCCUUACUUCAGUAGUGGGGAAAGUAAUGGAAACCAUGUUAAAGGAUAGGAUUGUUGAACAUCUAAAAUCACAUGGAUUUCAAGAUCAGUGACAACAUGGGUUUACUUCAGGGAGAUCAUGCCAAAGUAAUCUUAUUGAUAUUUUUGAUUGGGUAACUAAAAUAUUAGAUCAGGGUGGUGCAGUAGACAUUGCUUACCUAGACUUCAGUAAGGCUUUUGACACUGUUGCGCACAGAAGGCUUAUCAAUAAACUACAAUUUUUAAGUUUGGGUUCCAAUAUUGUUGAAUGGGUAAGGCAGUGUCCGAGUGACAGGCAACAGGGGGUUGUAGUAAAUGGAGUAUAUUCGAAGCAUGGGCUUGUCACCAAUGGGUUACCUCAGGGAUCUGUACUUGGACCCAUUCUAUUUAAUAUUUUUAUUAGUGAUAGUGCAGAAGGUCUUGAUGGUAAGGUAUGUCUGAUGAUACUAAGAUAUGUAAAAAUUAAAUAAGGUAGGCACACUCAAUAUAAAAUAUAUGCAAGCUCCCAAGUGGAGCUCUGUGAAAAUACAAUAUGGGGUGCUCACUCACAUAAGGCUUUAUCCCCAAAAGCCCAAAUUCAUGUAAAUAACAAUAGAGUAAGGAGCACAACCAUCAAUAGUAAUAAAACAAUCUUUAUUAAGUGGGUAUACUCUAUAAGAAUAUCACAUAACAUAAAGAUCCAAAAUAUAGGAUCAUGUCACGCUAUGCAGCAAUGAUCAGAAAAAUUAUGAAAAUAUAAGUAUAAACACCAAAAGCGUCUUAUAUGAAUAACAGAGUAGCAAUAUACAAAAAUAGAGAAAUAAAAUAUCAGUCUAAUCCAACCCCACAAACAUAGAUAUAAAUAUACAAAACUAUAGAACAAUAAGCGUGCCAGACCUAGUGAGAAGCAGGGACAGAGUCAGUCACCAAAACACCCCCAACGUUUCUGCAAAAAUGCCUUUAUCAAGGGAGCAUGUUGAGAGAAACUAAAUCCUGUUAUUAUAUACCCAAAAUAAAACACAAAAAUUGAAAAAACCUGAAAAAAAUGGGUGGCCACCCAUGAUGACUGGGAUCCUCCCAACCAUGAUACACCUGUUCAUGGUUGUCAAGGGAACCAGAAAGCCCUGACCUAUAUACAUAUCCAAAUGCAGAUUCACAAGUAAAAUACAUAAACAAAAAUACUUAAUAUAAAGAUACAAAAUCGACAUGAAACAUGCAGGCAAGAUAUUAAGUAUGCAUGUAGUGGAUAUAGUAGAAACAUAUUAUAAUAUAAACAAGAAUAUGAAUAUUACAUCAGUAUUGAGAUAAAGAUAUAAAGAUCAAUUGUCCCAAAUGGUAAGGCAGUUUGAAAAAAAUAAAAAAUAAAUAAAAACAUAAAAAAGAGAAACAAUCAAAAGUAAAUGUCACAAAAUACCUGGUGCAGAGAUUUGAUCUACAAGCUUAAACUGAUGCAAAGAGGAAUGAAAAUAUAGACCGGAGGCGUGAGCAGCAUCAAACGAUUAAAAAUCGCCGAACCCGGAAGUAAGCUGAAUCUGGUGGAAUGCACAUGCGUUCCAAUAUAGAAAUAUGUCUGUUCGCAUGCUGUGCCCAUGCACACUCAGUCGGCACUGGUGAGACCUCACUUGGAGUAUUGUACGCAGUACUGGAGACCAUAUCUCCAGGAGGAUAUCAAUAAUUUAGAGAGAGUUCAGAGAAGGGCUACUAAACUGGUUCAUGGAUUGCAGGAUAAAACUUACAAGGAAAGGUUAAAGGAGCUUAACAUGGAUAGCUUGGCGGAAAGACGAGACAGAAGGGAUAUGAGAGAAACAUUUAAAUACAUAGAGGGAAUCAACACCGUAAAGGAGGAGACUAAUAGAAGAAAAAUUACCACAACAAGAGGACUUAGUCUUAAAUUAGAGAGACAAAUGUUUAAAAUUAAUAUCAGGAAAUAUUACUUUACUGAUAGAGUAGUGGAUGCAUGGAAUAGCCUUCCAGCUGAAGUGGUAGAGGUUAACACAGUAAAGGAGUUUAAGCAUGCAUGGGGGAAAGGCAUAAGGCUAUCCUAGCUAUAAGAUAAGGCCAGGGACUAAUGAAAGUAUUUAGAAAAUUGGGAAGACUAGAUUGGGCCGAAUGGUUCUUAUCUGCCGUCACAUUCUAUGUUUCUAUAUUAAGAAUGAUUACAUUUCUAGGAUGGCUCCACUGUAUCUGAGUUAAUUAGAUCAAGUAUCUCAUUGUAGCCCCAUGGUAAUAUGCUAGUCAGCAUGAAGUUACAUCAUAAUUAUGUAGUUAUGAAAAAAGACUUGUAUACAUCCUGCUGAACGUUUUCCACAUUUGUUUCUACUGUUGAUCCAAAAGUAGGAAAAAAAACAAACAAAAAACCCUGUAGAUGUGUAAAGUGCUUUUCAAUUAUCCAACAAACUAGGAUAAAAAGAACCUGUUAACCUGUAUCGUGAGAACACACUGUCUAAUAUAUACACACACACAUUGCCUAAUACAUACACUGCCUCACCCACACACACACAAACACAAACUAGGGUAUGGAUUUUUUUUUUUAAAUCUAUUUGUCCAAAGGGACUAAAGUUGACCCAUACACACACUGACUCAUGCACAAACACACUGCACACAAACUGACUCAUGCAUAAACACACUGCACACAGGUGCACACUGACCCAUACACACAUAAACUACACAUUCUCUGACACUCACAUACAGCACAGAUUACCAGCAGCAGCCUGUCCCAUGCUUACUAUGCCUUUACAGCGUGUUGGCUGACGGUUAUUACGUCAUUCUAAAUCCCGGCAGCAAUGAAUCCUGAGCAUUGUGAGGAGCGGGUGGAUGCUGCUGCUCCUCCUCACACUUCCCUGUGAGCUGCUUCAGGUCCAGUUACAGCAUUCCAGUAUGCCUGCUGGAAAUACACUGCCCAGAGAUACACCACCUCCACUAUAGGCAGCACCAAAAGAUUAAAAAGAUCUUCCUAUUCAACGCCCUUAACAGCAUGUCUGGGGCUUUAUAAAAUCCACAUCUUUGAUACUCACAAACUGCAUAAUACAUACAUUGAAAUACAUACAUACACCAACACACAAACACACACUCACACACUGUUUCCUCUAAGUCAGCUAUGCUUUUUUUUCAGUACUCUGAUUUGAAUUUUAAAUCCGGGGCAGGGCCUGACUAGCAUGGAGGACAGACGUGCUCUAGCAGAGCUCCUCAACAACCAAGGCAAUUAAUGGCACUUCUAGCCACACAAAGCCUGCAACAAGCGACAAAGCUCGACCUACUUCAUCCACAAUUGUGCUGGACACCGCUGCUGUGAUCUGUGACUCACCUGAUGCCUGUUAGGCGCACUCCUCACAGCAUGAGGCCUAGCGUGUGGCGGCCGGGGGAGGCGGCCGAUCUCUUGGUCCGGCAACGCAUGGUGAUAACACGAAACGAGCAAAAGCCCCGCUACUCCCCCCCGGACCAUCAGGGGUAGAAAUAGGACAGGAAUGCUUAGCCAGUUUCACACCUUACUUUUACUCUACAUAUAUAGACUAAAGCAUGUCUGAAACUGCCAGUAGAUGUGGGCGACUAUUUGUAUUUGUAUCCAUGUAAAUGUAUCUGCAUGUGCCUCGACCCUCUCAUACAGGUCGGGAUUAACUAUUAUGUCACACCUUUAGAUAAGCAACUCGACUUGUAUGCCUUGCUAGCCUACUAAACAAUAAGAGAAAUCUAAUGGUUGAACCUUACUCCUACUAACACAAAAAUGUGCCUGACUAGCAACUGUCACAACCUGUAUUGCAUGCUGAACUUAUAUAUAUCUUGAUACUGCUGUUGUGGCGAACCAAGGCUGUUUGUUAAAUUUGUGCACAAAAAAUAAAGAAAAUUUUAAAUAAUUUUUGAAUUAUCACUUUAAUGUGCCUCGACCCUCUCAUACAGAUUGGGAUUAACUAUUAUGUCACACCUUUAGAUAAGCAACUCGACUUGUAUGCCUUGCUAGCCUACUAAACAAUAAGAGAAAUCUAAAGGAUUGCAUUUACCAUCCCAUCUGUUCCGCUUUGAUACCUCACAUUGUUAUGAGGUAUAUGAUAUUGGUAACUUUGUAGGGGUAGCUGCAUGUGUACAUGGAAGAACAUGCUGAAAUGUCAUAAACCUACUCUCCUGUCUUCUGAUUCAGACACAGCCGCUACUCGGAAAUCCUGACAGUGAAUAUUCUUGGCAAAACAAAAAUGGAGCUGCACAAAGGUCAUACUUGGGUUCUCUGCAGUGCAGCAGGCUCAGUGGGCCCUGCAUCUAUCACUGUUGCAUACCACUUGGCUGGCACCAGGAUUAUAUCUUAAUAUCUUUAUGUAACAAUGUAUUUUAUCAAUAUAUUUUUUUUAGAUUCCCAUUCCUCCCUAUUUUACAGCCGUCUGUUGCUGUUCAAAAUCGCCUAAUAGAAAAUGAUGCAGGCAGAAAUCACACAUGAUUUUGAAAACCUUACUCACAAACAGGUUAUCACACUAAUAUUCUAUAUUUUGGUUUUUUUCCUCUACUAUGUUAGUAGCAGCAGAAACUUCCAUCAGCAACAAUAAUAACAAUGUUUCAAGUAUGUUUAAAUUUUCUAAUGAAUCAAGAAAUUAUUUAUCUGUCCAGAAGCAUAUUUAUCAGUAAAUGUACUACGUCUGGUCCUGGCACAGCAGGUGCAUGGGAAAGCAUUUUACAAGUCUAUAGCUUGUACAUGUGAAACAAAUACAUAAUUGCACAUAGACAUUUGUAGGAGGCAUGUUUGAGUGAUCAAAUGAAAACAUGUAUUGGAGGAGGUUGAUGUAUUGGAGGAGGUUGGGCCUAGGUCAGAGAGAAAGUGCAUCACUGUAGCUAUUACAGCUGGUUUAUUGGUUUUUGUGUCCAGUUGAUAAGAACAGAUAUAUAGUUCUCUUGUUUAUUUACAACCACAGAUGUUCCUUUCCCACCUCCAAAUGCUUGAGAAAAUAUUAUUUGGCCUUGUCCUUCUUUUCUUAUUUAUCAAACAAAUGAGGACUGAUAUAUACCUCAAACUUGCACAGAACAUUAUGUGCCAAUUAAAUUUGUACUUCUAGUCAACAUCUAUCUUCAUAAGAUAUUGUUUUUUUUUUUCCAACAUAGACUUUGAUUUAGCCCUUUAUUGAUACAGCUUCAGUUUGCUUGCAUUGUACUAAUGGACACAAGCAUUUUUGCUAUGUGUGUUCAACCGCAAUUACCAUCUUUUUCAUGUUUUACACUAACACAUAUUAGAUGCUAUUUUUAAAGGAUUAAAAAGGGGCUUUUUAGGAUGUGUCAUAUACAUAUAUAAAUAUUCUUAAUAUAAAAACAUGCAAAAAAAAACAAAAUGUUUUCUGUGUGCCUAUAGCUACUGUGGCAGAGUUCCUGAUGCUUUUUGCUAUGUCUCUGCCACAAUGUCGGUGCGCCAAUGUCAUGACACACAUGAUGUGAGAUCACUUUAUUUUAAACGGGAGUGGACUAAAAAGUCCUAAUUGGGAGAGUUAACAUUGAAAAUGGGAAAGGGGGGACCCUACCUUUAAUAAUCCUAAGGGAGAACAGGAAUAUAAAACAGGACAUAGAGAGAGAGAGACAAAAAAGGUAUACAUAUAAUGUGUAUGUAUAUCCAGCUAGGUAAUUCAAGAUCAGCUUAACAACUAGUCAGGUCUAAGCCUAUACUAUGCGCUGUCCCAGCAAUUGGACAAAAAAAUCAGGUAUAGCUAGAAGUAAGGUAUGGAAUCCUAGGCUUGAGAGGAAGGAGUUAAUUACCCCAAAAUAAUUCCUUUUGCAGCCCCCAAACCAAAACUCUGAGAGUAGGCCUGUACCUAUCACCUCUGCACUGUGGACUAACCACAGGUGCCUACUUGAACCUCUCUCCUUUCCUGAACGAAAAUAAAAUGGUAAAUAAAACUUAGCUAAAUAAGUGCAUAAGUGCUACCAAGUGGUAAGGUGAAAAACAAAAAAAGGAAAUAGCUCGACGUGCGUUUCGGUGUGUUAGCAAGCCGUCGUCACGAGCAGUGUCUGUGGACUGGCUCCAGUAUCUGUUUUAUAAGUCCAUUAUUGGUAAUCAACCAUUAAGUGUUAGUUACUGUGUAAAAGGGGGUAUGUAGAUGCCACCUUCUCAUGAUCGGUAUGUUUCCAUAGUGCUUAUUGGUCUCGUCCACUGAGGGGAGGUAUUGGAUCCGGUAUCUGUCAAUCGGAAAAGCACCUCUUCUCUGUGUUCAUUGGACGCUGCCCACGUGGGGCGGGUAUAUUAGCACUCAUCUAUGUAUGACGGUCGGGAGGUGUGGCUAAAGCUACUUUCUGUGCUCAUUGGGCUCUGCCCACGUGGGGCGGGUAUGUUGACAUGCAUCUAGGUGUGACGGUUGGGAGGUGUGGCUAAAUGACUUUGUCUCCUCGAUUACUGGUUAUUAGUUCCGUGGGCUCCCACAUAGAAGCCCAGAUGGGUGUGUGUCUGACGGCUUAACCCUCUGCCCUUAUUACAGACUGACCGGAUUUCUUCCUAUGAAAAGAGAAGAAAAAUAAAUAAAUAUAAGGAUACAAUAAAAUCUGAGUCUCUCUUUAACUCACUCAUCAUGGGUCUUGUACAGUCAUUUAUUCAAAAGGAUACUUCCCUCAGAUCUCGAGUCUGCAACAAACCCCUCACCCUUCACGAUCACAAAAACAAAUUUUAAGUUUAGAGGAAGAAGUGGCAGACGCGAACAAGAGAGAAAGAUUAGAAAGACAAUAAUUACCCAGAAUAACCAAUGCAGUGGCAUUUUUAAUUCUCACAAAAAACCCUAACUAUUGCACAGAUAUAACCCUUUUAAACCAUUCAAAGCUUUUAUUGAUGUCAACAAAUUUUACCCAGCACAAUGUAUAUAGAAGAAGCACACAGGCAAUUGAAUGACACAAACGUCUAUGAAAGACUUUCAUCAGAUCCCACUAUUACCAUACAAACUAUUUUAUCUUGUUUUUUUUUAAAAGGAUUAGAUUUAGGAAUUUUAAAUAAACAUGAAUUAAAUUUCCUGAAUAAGAAAUACCCCAUUGUCCCUGUUAUUUACUUCCUUCAGAAAAUACACAAGAACGAAAAGACACCCCCAGGUAGACCCAUAGUAUCGGUAUAGGCUCCCUCCUUUUUAAUCUUUCUCAGUGUAUCGAUACCCUCCUCCAACCCUCCGUCAAACACAUGAAGUCAUAUUUACAAGAUUCAAUGUCACUUUUAAACAUUUUAAAUAAUUGUAAUUGGGAACCAAAUUUUAUGCUAGUCACCUCCGACGUACAAUCCCUCUAUACCAUUAUACCUCAUACUUGUUUUUGUCUUGUAUGUUAGAAGUUCAUCCCUAUUUCUGUGUUUAAUCAUAUUAAUAGUAUCUAGUAAAUCUGUCUCUGGAUAUUUUUUUUCAACAAAUUUGUUGGGCAGACUAGAUGGGCCGAAUGGUUCUUAUCUGCCGUCACAUUCUAUGUUUCUAUAACAUAGGAUGUAAAGCCAUUAAAUACAUUUUAACCAAAGAAAAAAUAAUCUCUGAGGUACAAAUAGACUUUAUAUCAGAGGGUAUAAAUAUUAUUUAAAAAAAAAACAAUUACAUCUGGUUCCUCAACUCAUUUUACCUUCAGAAAAGAGGGAAUAACAUGGGCACCAGGUUUGCCCUUAGCUAUGCCAAUGUAUUCAUGUCAGACUGGGAAUCUACAGCUAUUUAUGACGAUCACACUUGGAGGGCAAACCUGGUCUCAGAUUUUAGAUACAUUGAUUACCUCUUUUUUAUCUGGGAUGGAUCCGAAGAUAGUCUUAUCUCUUUUAUAAAUAAUCUCAACACCAAUAAUAGAGGUAUAAUUUUAACACACAAAUUCAAUAGGGAACAAAUCAACUUUUUAGAUCUAAAUAUAUUUAUUUAAAAUGGGCAAUUACAAACAAACUAUUUUUCAAAAAAGUCUGCAUUAAUACGGCCAUUGAUAGAUCAAGUUGCCACUAUAAACCUUGGCUGGACAGUGCUCCCCGAAGCCAGUUUGUACGCCUAUGUAGGAAUUGUACUGACCUUGAAGACUUUAAUGAACAAGCAAAAGUUUUAAAAAAACAAAUUUGUUGAAAAAAAAUAUCCAGAGACAGAUUUACUAGAUACUAUUAAUGUGAUUAAACACAGAAAUAGGGAUGAACUUAUAACAUACAAGACAAAAACAAGUAAUGAAUCCAUACCUCUCCCUAUCCCUUUUAAUUAUAAUAACAAAAAUGGUGAAAUUAAAAAGAUUGUUAAAAAACAUUGGCACAUUUUAAGACACAAUGACAAACUUAGCCAAAUUAUACCUGAAAAGCCUGAUAUAGUUUUUAGAGGAGCUCCUAAUUUUAGAUCAAUUUUAACCACAAAUUUUACCAAAGAAAUUACACAAAAAAACUCAGCAUCUUUUUUUCCCCAAGUCAAAGAUUUUUAUAACUGCAAAUCAUGUAUUGUAUGUAAAACCACUGAUUCUACUGUACAGUGUAAAACCACACAAUUCACUUCAAAUAGGACUAAAAUGACCUACAAUAUUAAAGAAUGUAUUAACUGCCGUAUGAAAAAUGUAAUUUAUCUGCUUGAAUGCCCAUGUGGCUUCCAGUAUGUUGGAAUGACCACAAGGUGCUUAAAAACUAGGCUAAGUGAACAUUGCAGAAAUAUAAAAAAUGGAUACUUGAAUCACUCUGUAUCCAAACACUUUAUUAAGCAUAAUAAAUAUCCUAAAAUGCUGAAAUGUAUGGGGAUUAAAAAAUGUACGCUACCUUGGAGGGGAGGUGAUAUGAAUAAAAUUCUAGGUAAAACUUAAAUGGAAUGGGUCUACAAGUUAGAGACUCUUACACCCCAUGGUUUAAAUGCAGACUUUGACCUGUUUAACUUCUUGUAAUUGUAUAUAUAGAUACCAAUAUUAACUCUCAAAAUGUAAUGUUUUAUAUUGUAUAUUUUAUUUUAUUUUAUGUAUGCUUCAAUUAAUAUGAACAUAUUGUUAUUUAGCAAGUCUAUGCUACAUAGUCUUAUACAUAUAUUUUUAUACAUUUAUAUAAUGAAAAUGUUCCUUUAUUAUUUCUGUCAUGAGUAAAUCAAUGCUACAUAUAUUUAUAUACUUUUAUACAUAUUUAUAUACCUUUAUGUAUUUUAAAAUUUUCUAUGUUCGUUUAAUGUUUUACAUGACCACCCUUCCAUUCCUGUUUUUCAUCUAUUGUCAUACUCCUUCAUUAUUCUUCCUCCCAAUAUAGUGGCAUUAUUAGUUCUAACACUCCCAUUCCCCUCCUACUUUGACUCUGACGACACGAUCAUUACAUGCCGCCGUCAAUCAUUCUCACCCCAAGCGGCAUAAUCACUAUGCUUGCCGCACCUCCAUCCUUCCCCUUCUGUAAGGCACAUCCCCCUCACACCAGCUAAUAUUUACCCACACAACUACAGUUCCCAAUGGGCUUUGCUCCUAUUACUGCUGGUCACGUGAUGACCCGUUUUUAACUCAUAUUUCACUACACAAGCCUUGUUUAAAUAUGUAUUUAUACCACUAUGUUUACAUUUGUAUACUCUAUGAAGUUCUUAUGUGUUUUAAUGUUUUUAUAUUCUGUCUCCUGAUUGGCUGAUACAACUUUUGGCUCCAAUUUUACAUUUAUAAGCCUUUAUUUAAACUCCUUAUGCCAGGUAUGAUGUCUUAUACCAUUUUGAAGAAGCCUUAUUAGGUGAAACGCGUUAAUGGUUUUAAAUUUUGUAUUUUAACAAUAAAAGUUUUUUGGUUACUCUUUUUCUGUACCAAUUCUCUUUUUAUUGUAUUUUAUAUGCACUUUUUAUUUUUACUCUUCCUGGCACUUUUUACUAUAUCCUGUACUCAAGCAAUCUGAGGUGGGGAUUAUUCCACCAAUGCUGUGUAAAUAGAGCAGUAUCUUCUGCUCUAUGCUUGUGAGUAUAUUAUAUAUAUAUAUAUAUAUAUACAUAUAUAUAUAUAUAUAUAUAUUAUCACUCAUUCGUUACAUAUUGAGAGCACUGUUGCUGUUUUUAUAUAUCCUGGAACACUGAACAAAUCAGACUGGAUUGACUGACGUACCUCUCCAAUGUAUCCUAUAGCAGGGAUUAUAACGCCAAACGCCCUUCACUCCAGAGCUGGUUAGAGCACUCAUAAAUGUGAGUUUAUUAUCUUCUUUUUACUAAUUUUUACCAUUGGAUCUAGACUAUAUCACACUAUUGGCUGUUUGUCGUGUUUUCCCUUUGUCUCUCCACAUAUACGGAUAUUUUAACCAUCCGGACGGAUCAACUCCUGAGGAUUGCACCCCUACCUUAUCCUGAUAUAUUAGUGAGACUUUUAUAUGACUUUUAUCUGAAUAUUUUAUUAUCCGAAUGGAGCAACUCCUGAGGAUCUCCCCCUUUUAUCUGUUGUCUUAGCGAGAUAUUUUACCAAUUUUUAAAUGGAGAUAAAACAAGGCCUACCUACUUGUUGUUUUAUCUCCAUUUAGACCAUUUGGUCUGGUUUUCUUUGGUAUAGACUACUGUAACUAUCUCUGUGCGCAGCCCUUACGCCUUUCACAUCUUUCACCUUGUUUUUAUUAGCGUCUUGAGGGAUUCCUUUUUUUGGGUUGCUGCCCCUUAUUCUGUUAUUUAGCGCUGACUCUUCCCCUCUGUUCUCAUCAAGUUCAACCAUAAAACAUUUUUUUUAUAUUGUUGAUCCAAAAGAAGGCAAAAAUCCUAAUUGAAGCCAUUUCCAAUUAUGCUACACAAAUGUGAAACAUUCUUUCUCAGAUUUCUCCUUGGAAAUGAGAGAAAUUUCAAUGUAUUCUUCCUGUGAAAAUAUUAUAUAUGUAUAAAUAUAUCAAUGACCUGCUUACAUAAAUAUCAAUUGUCAUAAACGUUAACUCGCAAGUUGGAGUAAACUUGGAAUUAAUAAUAACAUUAAUAACUAAAAAUAAUAACAAAAUAAUAACUUAAAAACUGAGUGUAAAGUCCACACUCCUUGCUUUUGGCAAUUCAAUAAUAUUUAUUAAUAGAGGCUAAUCAAACAAAUAAACAAUACAAAUACAUUUGAAAUAAGCUAGUAUAUGUUACUACCAAAACUAGUCAUUGAUUGAAUGGAAAGUAGAUUAAAUUAACAUAGUAAAACAGGCAUAGACACCUGAUACAGUUGCCACUCCAUUGAUCAUCUGCUGAGAAUAAGAGAGAGAGAGGGUGUGCAUAGUGGGGAGAGGGAAUAGAGAGAAAGUGACGGAGGAGGGUAAAUUCAAAGAGAGAGAAUGUGCUACACAUUUAACAGGGCAUUUAACAGGUUAGCCCUUCCUUCUGCUGGACACACCUCCCUCAGUCAAUCCCUUAGGAUGUAACAGAACCAGAGUGCCUCCUGGGGGUAGGGGGAUUGCACUGGAAGGGAAUGUAGGAGGAGUUUAUCAACAACCUAACUGGUUUUGCCUGGUGAAAGGUCAAGUGCUUCACAGAGGACUUCAUUAUUGCCUAAGGGUAGAAUGGGGCUUGAAUCCCUGUAUUAGAACACAAUAACACUUCAUUGGCAUACAGUUUGACUGUUAAUCACUUCCCCCACAUUUAUUACAUCAAUUAUACCCUUGAAUAUUCUGUUUAUGCAAAAAAGCAUCCAGGCCUUUUUUUUUUUUUAAAUAUCUGUAGAAUCUGAUAAGACAAUCUCUUUAGGCAGAGAAUUCCACAUCUUUAUUGUUCGUAUUUAAAGAACCCUCUCCUCUGUGCAUUUUAUUUCAGCAGUUCUCAAAAAAAAUGUUGGGGCAUUAAUUAAUCCCUUAAAGAUGGAGACAACUGUUCAAAUUCUGACCAAAACAAAAACCAGAUUUUGAGCUGUAUGUUUGUUAAACCAUAAUUUACCUCUUUCAUAUUAGGUGAACCCACACUUAUUAUACUUAAUUUUGUUCUGAAGAAAUAGGGCUUUCAUUUCACAUCAAAUAUUUAUAUAUGGAGCACAAUUGAAUAUGAAUAACAUCUUUUAAAAAAAAAGUGUGAGAAAUUUUAUAAAUCAAUGGUAAGACCCCACUCCAACUUGAAUAUGCCGUGAAAUUUUGGGCACCAGUUUAAAAGAAGAAUAUUGCAGAACUGAAAGCCAGCUACAAAAUUAGUAAGGGGGAUGGAAAACAUUAGUUAUAUUAAAAAACAGAGGGUUGGAGUUUAUAGCCUAAAAAGGUAAAAUACAUAAAAAAUCUAUAUAAAAAUAUAAAAAAAUGUAUAAUAUAUAAUAAUAUCUAUAAAAAAUAUUGAAUACUACUUACAAGUUCUGAUACCUAAAAGGUUAAAUGUGGAGUUUGAAAUAAACCAAUUUUUGUAAAAUACGGUAUCAGAACUUGUAAGUAGUAUUUACUAUUUUUAUAGAUAUUAUUAUAUAUUUAUUUUUAUAUAGAUUUUUUAUGUAUUUUACCUUUUUAGGCUAUAAACUCCAACCCUCUGUUUUUUAAUAUAAACUUUUAAAUACUUCAUUUUAUGACUAUUCUUAAUUUACCUGGUAAAUUUAUAUUACAAAGUUUUUUAGUUACCCCCUCUUUUCAAGGAAUAAAAAGAAUUUCCUCUAUUUCCUUUUUUCAGACUUCAAAAUACUGUGUAUGUAUUGUUAAGAUUAAAUUGAUAAUAAUUCAGUGGCAUAAUUUAGGCCCAUGAUGUGAAUACAUUGCCCCUUUAUAAUGAUUAUUCUCUUAAUUCCCAUUUAAAUAUUGGUGCCAUUACACCUAAGGGCGAGAGUCUACUGCUUUCCAAUAUUAAAAAUGGACUCCACACCCUUAAGCACUCAUAAUUGUCAUCACAUGAUAACAUCAGACGUUAUGACGUCUUGCUGCAACGUCCGGAAUAGGAACACCGGAAGUGACGCGAUGUGACCCCGCGAAGUAUCACGGCUAUAUAAGAAAGAAUGGACGGACUACAAUUAUGCACUUGAAAAAGACUUUUAAUAUAAGUCGAAAUGCGUUGUGCCCAUAUAUUUUAUAUUGUUAUUUUAAUCUUAUGUAAUUCCUCUUCCAAUAAUUAAAUAUUCCAAUAAAUUACUUUUGCACUCAAAGGAACACUAUAGUAACCUAAAUUACUUUAGCAAAAUAAAGCAGUUUUAGUGUAUAGAUCAUUCUCAGCAAUUUCACUGCUUAAUUCACUGUCAUUUAGGAGUUAAAUCACUUUGUUUCUGUUUAUGCAUCCCUAGCCACAUCUCCCCUGGCUAUAAUUGAGAGAGCCUGCAUGAAAAAAAAACUGGUUUCACUUUCAAACAGAUGUAAUUUACCUUAAAUAAUUGUAUCUCAAUCUCUAAAUUGAACUUUAAUCACAUACAGGAGGUUCUUGCAGGGUCUAGCAAGCUAUUAACAUAGCAGGGGAUAAGAAAAUCUUAAUUAAACAGAACUUGCUAUAAAGAAAGCCUAAAUAGGGCUCUCUUUACAGGAAGUGUUUAUGGAAGUUUGUGCAAGUCACAUGCAGGGAGGUGUGACCAGGGUUCAUAAACAAAGGGAUUUAACUCCUAAAUGGCAGAGGAUUGAGCAGUGAGGCUGCGGGGGCAUGUUCUAUACACCAAAACUGCUCCAUUAAGCUAAAGUUGUUCAGGUGACUAUAGUGUCCCUUCAACACAAGCCUGGAAAUCGAAUCCUUGGAAAGUGGCAGAGUUUGGGAGCAGUAUCUGGAGGUCUUAUAUUGAAGAGUGCUGAAAGUCUGAGCCUGCUAGAAAUAGGCUCAGCACCAUGUGAGUUCAACUAGUUAAACCAAUAUAACUGCAAAUGUUUUAUACAAACUGCACUAUGAUAUGUAUGUGUUUUAUUGCAGACGUUUUAAUUUAAUUUACUGUUCAAGAAUUUUCAGUGGUAACAUUUGAAUUGUUUUAAGUGUCAGUUCUCACCUAUUCACUCCUUUUAUUCUUGUAUUUAUUUGUGUUGUUUGGGUGACACAACAUUGGUGAUAGUAGCUACACUGAAUCACUUUAUUCCAUUACUGUAUUUUAUUUUGAUUUCACUUAUCUGUACCUCGCUUCAGACAUUCUCAGUUGGUUACUGCAGCCAGACAUAGAGCUCACAGAAUUGAGAGUCGUUUUCCGCCUUACCCAGAGCCUCAUCUCACACAAGUGGUUCAAGAACUUCAAGCACAAGCUGCAUUCCCCCAGAAUGCCAAUGGCACAGGGUCCACUUGCUGCUUAGCUUGUUCCUCUUGCUGAAAACAUGGUGGCUGCUUCUGAACCCCAAGUUAUGUUACCUGAAAGAUUUUCUGAUGACCGAGCAAAAUACAGAAUCUUCAUAAUGGCCUGUAAACACAUUUGAUUUAAAGCCUCGAACAUUUCAUUCUGAAUUCUCUAUAACAUCGCUCCAGUCAGGUCCUCCACAACAAUGGGCUAAUAAUUUAUUGCAUACUAAUGAUUCAGCAGUACAGUCCUGGGGUGCGUUCAUCAACACUAUGUCCUACAUGUAUGACAAUCCUAACCGACAAGAAACCGCAUAAACCACCAUCAAAGUCCUAAAACAAGGCCACAGACUUGUGGAAGAGUACAUCAUGGAUUUCAAAUGAUAAACUACUGACACGUCCUGGAAUGAGAACGGUCUAGUAAAUCAAUUUUGUAGAUUUCCGUAUUUAUUAUUGUGUAGAGCUUCUGCAGGAUAAUUUGCUCACUUUGGGAUUCCAAAUUCCUUUUAAGCCUUUAUGCAACAAGCUAUCUAUAGAGAGUCCCUGCCACAAGUCAAAUCAGCUCUCAAUUAGCCGCUACCAAUGCUACAGGAGGAAAACCUAAGCAGAUUGGUCUUAUUCAGGGUCAUCUUCCCACUGCUGAAUUGCAAAGGGGAUACAGGGAUAACCUCUAGCUUUAUUGUGGAAAGCCUAAUCAUACUGUGAAAUCAUGUAUUAAGAAUACAAAAACUCAACGGGGUAAGUGGGCCUCUCAUAGGAUACAAACAUCUGCUGCAGUCACUGCUACAUCUUCUUUAUUUGUUUAUCUUCUGUUACAGGGGAACAGGAUUCCCUAUGAUUGUCAAGGUUUUAUUGACUAAGGUGCCAAUAGCUGCUUUAUUGACUUUGUCACCCAAGCUCUUUCAAUACCUGUCAUAGAUAAAGGUAAACAUACAAGCUAUUGAUGGUUCAGAAAUCCAGCCCUGUUUCUCAACAGACUCCUCGUGUUCAUGUUACUAUAGGUGAAACUGUAUCAUUUGAGCUAGUAUAUUUUUUCCAGUUAUGUUGGGUAUACCUUGGUUAUGCACUCUAGGGAUCGACCGAUAUUGAUUUUUCAGAGCCGAUACCGAUACCGAUAUUCUGUGAACUUUCAGGCCGAUAGCCGAUAUAAUUUGCCGAUAUUCUGUACAUUUACCAUUUUGGAAAAUAAAAACUAUUUCUAAAGGUAAAUGCACAAAAUAUACAUGCCACGUGUAGUGGAUGCAGUGUGACAGGGGAGCUGUGUGUGUUUGUGUAGUGUGUGUGUAGUGGAUGCAGUGUGACAGGGGAGCUGUGUGUGUUUGUGUAGUGUGUGUGUUAUGGAUACAGUGUGUGUUUGUGUAGUGUGUGUGGAGGAUGCAAUGUGUGUUUGUGUAGUGGAUGCAGUGUGUAUUUGUCUAGCGUGUGUAGUGGAUGCAGUGUGUAUUAGUGUAGUGUGUAUAUAAUGAAAGCAGAGUGUUUGUGUAGUGUGUGGGUAGUGUGCGUAAAGUGAAUGCUGUAUAUACUAAAUGCAAAGUGUGUGUAUAUAAUGAAUGCAGAGUGUGUGUGUAUUUGUGUAGUGUGUGUAUAGUGAAUGUAGUGUGUUUAUAUAAUGCAGAGUGUGUGUGUUUGUAUAGUGUGUGUAUAUAAUGCAGUGUGUUUGUGUAGUGUGCAUUAUAUAAACACACUACACAAACACACACACUGCAUUAUAUACACACUACACAAACACACUGCACAAACACACUACAUAAACACACACCGAAUUAUAUAAACACACUACACAAACACACUGCAUUAUAUACCCACACUACACAAACACACACUGCAUUAUAUACACACACACUAUACAAACACACUGCAUUAUAUACCCACACUACACAAACACACUGCAUUAUAUACCCACACUACACAAACACACUGCAUUAUAUACCCACACUACACAAACACACUGCAUUAUAUACCCACACUACACAAACACACACUGCAUUAUAUACACACACUGUACAAACGCACACUGCAUUAUAUACACACACUGUACAAACACACACUGCAUUAUAUACACAGUGUGUUUGUGUAGUGUAUGUGUAUAUAAUGCAGUGUGUGAGGGGGCAUUUUUUAUUAAAUUAUUUAAAAAAAAAUUAUAAUUAUUAUUUAUUUUUGUUGUCCCCCCUCCCUGCUUGUUACCUGGCCAGGGAGGGGGGAUAUGACAGUCCCUGGUGGUCCAGUGGCUGAGCUUUGGGGGGGCGGAGAGCAAGCGCUUACUCACCUCCCAGCAGCUCCUCCAGCUCCCCAGUGCAACUCUCGCGGCCAGCGUGUCACGCGUAGCGUUGCCAUGGUGAUCCAUGGCAACGCUCUGACGGCCGCGGGUCUCGCGAGAGUUGCACUGGGGAGCUGGAGGAGCUGCUGGGAGGUGAAUAAGCGCUUGGUCUCCGCCCCCCCAGGACCGCCGGGCUUGUAAUGAGCCUGGCGGUCCUAGGAGGUAUUAUCGGCAAUAUCGGUAUCUGAAUUGGCCGAUACCGAUAUUGCCGAGAAUACCGAAUAUCGGCCGAUUAUAUCGGUAAAACCGAUAAUCGGUCGAUCCCUAAUGCACUCAUGGCCCCUGCAUCUCCUGGUCCAAAGGUUGCUAGUAUGCUCUCAUCCCCUUACAAAAACUGCAAGUACAUUUCUGAUAAAGGCACAGACACUCUGCCCAACAGAAAAUAAUACGACUGUCCUACAGAUCUGUACCUGAUGGGUACAAAAUGGACCAUUUUUUGUGAGACAAUUCACCACUACCAUAAUGGUAUUGUAGCCUUGUGAUUUUGGUAGAUCAACUAUGAAAUCAACCGAUAUGUGUCCAGUGGCGUUGAGGGUUUCAACAAACCCGUGGUUCUUGUAUUAGAAGUUUUGAAUCUGGCAGAUACAGUACCAUAACUGACAAAUCUAGAUAGAAGACUUCACGAGAGCAAAUAGAGAGGGAUCACCACAGGGUGCACACCAUUUAUAAGCCUUUAAGAAUAGAAAGGACAGAUUAGACUUUACCAAAAUAAAAUCUGAAAAAGCUAGCUCAGUUCUGAAACAGUAUUCUUUGGACAGAUUAAACAAAGAUCAACCUGUACUGGAAUUAUGGGAGGAAAAAAGUAUGGAGAAGGCUUGGAACGACUCAUUAUCCGAAGCAUACCACAUCAUCUGUAAAACACGGUGGAAAAGUGGGAUGGCAACCCAGGAGUUUUUUAAGGCAAUGGCCGAGAUAAUAACUUGCAUGUAUUUAAUUGGCUUAAGACAAAAAUUAAGAUAGAAAGACCCACGAACAAACAACUGAAGACAGCUGCACUAAAGUCCUGGCACAGCAUCACAAAUGAGAAAACCCAGCGUUGGUGACAUCCAUGUGUUCCAGACUUCAAGCAGGCAUUCCCUGCAAAGGAUUCUCAACAGAGUAUUGAAAAUUACAAAUUUUAUUUAUGAUUGUGUUAAUUUGUCCAGUUAAAUUUGAGCUCCUGAAAUGAGGACUGUGUAUGAAAAUGGUUGCAUUUCCUAAACGUUUCAAACAAUAUUAUUGUUCAACCCAUUGAAUUAAAGUUUAAAGUCUGUGUCACAAAUGCACCCUACUCCAAGCGUUUGUGUGACGUAGUUGUGGUGGUGAAAGGGUUAAAGUUCACUAUUUAUCUGCACUAGACCAGAAAUAAUGAUACGAUCCCACUUAACACCACCCACACUUAACCAUAUUAAUAUAAAUAUUACUAUUUUAAUGCUGCCACCAAGGCAAUUUAUAAAUGGGGUGCCUUGGUCCCCCAGGUAACGUAAUAAUAAAAACCCACCAAAUACAACUAUACAAUAUUUAAGCAAUUGCAAAACACUAAUUAGUCUCUUCAGGUAACAUGAUUCUUAACCAGACAAAGGCAGAACUUAAUAAAGGAAUAUUUAUUAUGAGUAAAAAAUAGUCACAGUGCAAACAAAAAUAUAGAUGACAAUCAAAUUAUUUACAUUAACAACAGAUAAAAAUCAAAGAGGAUAAAAUAACAGAAGUCCUAAUCACUUACUCUGGUUUUCAAAGUAAAACUUCUGUCCAGGGGAUCUCUGGCAAGGAAGAUGGUGACUCACUCAAAAUUAGAUUUUAGCCCCAAGCAAGUACAAUACAUAUUUCAAUAGCAUUGGAUAUAUAUCCUGUGGUUUACCAAGCCUGGCCCAGAGGUGGAGAUAAGCCUAUAGAGACAAUAAGUGACCACCCCCUUGUGUUCCAGACCAACAUUACUCCAAAUGUAAACAUCUCCUCUGAUGUACUUGCCACAGAAAUAAUAAUUACAUCUCCGAAUUUGUUACAAUGUUUCCAUUUCAUAGAUAUGUCACACUUGUAACUUGUAACCCAAUAUAGCGGACAUCACAAUCCCUUCCCAUAUAAUUAAGUUAAGCAAAUCGUGUUUAGGCUUGAUUAGAAGAUUGUGCUUGUCCCAUUCUAAAUAUAAUAAAAAAUUAAGGGUUUUUCUUGAAAGCUAAUGACUAUUCAUAUCAAAGGACUCCCUAUCUAAGAGGGAAUCAUGACAUAUGGCAAAUGACAGAGUUAGUUUAUACUGAAACCAGACUUCCAGGCCACUUAUGUGUGACUUCUCACACCGUACAGAGUAGCUCUGUUGGGGUCCCAGCUUCAAAGAGGAAUUUAGGGGUUUAUCAUAUUAACCCCUUUUGAAAUUGUCAAUACCACCUCUACCAGAUGGCAAUUCCCAUAUGCACUACACAAAUUACAUUAAAUGGCCAUAUUCUAAAGUGCAACAAUGAAUUAUGCACCCUUGCUGUCACAGUCUACAUCUUGGUUGAAACAUGUCAAAUUCAUUGUGGUGGCGUACAGAGCCAAAAUUAUAAAAGUUGAGUCAGUGUAAUUAUAUUUCCGGACCUAACUGUACAUGUCUUCUGUCACCUUUGCAUUUGGUAUUAAUGAUAUGCAGUGUAGCAGACUCCAUUCCCUUAUGUUCGCUUGUCUGUACCCCUUGUUUGUCUCCCGAAUGACUGGUGUGUGGUCCCCUGGUUAUGCCCCAACGAACACUGACCUCACCUGGCUGUUAACAACAAAUUAACAACUUGACACCUUCGCUGGAGUGCUUUCCCUGGGUGGCAGCCAUUCGUUUAACUAUUUCCGGCCUCGCAUCUCUGCGAAUCCAGGCAAAGAUGGUACUGCUGUCCAUCCUGCUUCCCGACCAACUAGACAAACGGCGUUCAGGAGAUAUGAUCUAGCGAACAUGGGUAGCAUUCGCUCCAUAGCAGUCAGGGGGAGCGUUUGUCGUGUUCGCACAGGAACCCCCGAAAGCUAUCCCCUUGUGGCCGGUCGGUCAAAACUUUAGUCAAACUGAACUUUCAUUUCACCAACCAAUUGGAGUGAUUUUUGGAUAUGUUGUGCGCCCAGGUCAGGGCUAUUCAGGAAUAUGAUUUUUGUGGGGUUCCUAUAUUCUUUUCGUGUAUUUUUGGGAUAUGUUAAAAAUGUAUGUACAUUUGUGUAUUUGAGAGAUAAUUGAGUUAUCCUAAUUUGAGCUAAAUUAUCUCUCAAACACAAAGGCUCUUGGGAAACAAAACCUUGUGUUCUUGAGGUGGAAACCCCAUGCUAGGGACAAUGCAUAAAAGCCAUGUGUGGCAGAAUAAACUUCAGUUGUUCUCCCAGUACUGUGUGUCGUCCAGUUACUGUGGAGAAGGUGGGCUAUUUACUUGGAGGUAUCUUGUUCCUGAUUCUACUCCUUGUGAUCCAGCAGAGGAAAGUCCCUGUGAGGACUAGGACUCUGCUACAUUCAGUUCUUAGAUCAUCUAGGUAAAGCCCAGGCUCCUAAUGGCACAUAUCUAUUACUAAGCUCAAUGGUCCAAAACCUUUUAUACCUGGUGUCAAUAUGCACAAAAAAUAUUCUACUGAACCACAAGUCAAUUAUGAGAACUUCCUUCUACACAUUCAUUUGCACUCACAGAACCUGUGGUUUCCAGUUUACUCAAAGCUCCUGGGCAGCAGUGUACUUAAUAUAUCAACUGUGGUGUUUAUUAAAACUUCAGCAUAUUUAUCAAGUAUGAUUUGGUUACAAGUUUUAAAACUGAGGUGGUUGUUGUAAUUAAUUCUCCUUGACCUGUCUGCGGCUUUUGACACUGUUGAUCAUCAACAGCUUCUUCUCAUCCUCUCUCUCCUCUGCUCCUCCUACCUCUCCCAGCGCUCUUUCGGUGUUUCUUUCUCUGGCUCUGCUUCUUCUCUUCAACUCCUCUCUGUUGGUGUCCCCCCAAGGUUCAGUCCUUGGUCCCCUACUGUUCUCUAUCUAUACUGCCUCCCUUGGUAAACUCAUUAGCUCCUUUGGCUUCCAAUAUAAUUUCUAUGCGGAUGACAAGCAAAUCUACCUGUCCUCUCCUGAUCUCUCCCCGUCCCUCUUGACUAGUGUCUCUGACUGCCUCUCUGCUAUUUCUAACUGGAUGGCUGCCCACUUCCUUAAACUCAACUUGACUAAAACUGAAAUUCUGGUCUUUCCUCCCUCAAGUGUUGCUACUCCUGUGCAGGCUAGCUGCCUAGGUGUUCUCUUUGACUCCGACCUCUCCUUCACGCCUCAUGUUCAGUCUAUUGUUAAAUCCUGUCGUUUCCAUCUCAAAGACAUUGUGCACAUCCGACCCUACUUAACACCAGAUGCGACUAAGGUGCUGGUCCAUUCCACUGUCAUCUUUCGCCUUGACUACUGUAAUCCGCUUCUCAGUGGUCUUACGUGCUGCUCCCAACUUGUGCCAUUACAGUCCAUAAUAAAUGCUGCAGCGAGGCUCAUCUUCCUGUCCACCCACACCUCCCACUCCUCACCCUUCUGUCAGUCCCUUCAUUGGCUUCCUGUAAGAUAUAGGGCUCAAUUUAAAAAUUCUGGUUCUUGCUUUCAAAUCUCUACACCUAUCUAUCUUCCCUAAUACACAAGUAUGUCCCGUCUAGGCCCUUACACUCUGCUGAAGACUUACGUCUAUUUUCUGUCCGUACUCCCACCUCUGAUGCUCGCCUUCAAGAUUUCUCUAGGGCUGCGCCGUUCCUGUGGAACUCAUUUCCCCACUUCCCUUCUCCGUUAGAUGCUCACCCAGUCUCCACUUCUUCAAAAAAUCACUAAAAACCCACCUGUUCAUAAAAACGUAUCAAUUAAACUGUUAAUAGUGCCCGACUGAUUCCUCUCUUGCAACUGUCAUUAGUCUGAUACUAUCCUUACCUUUUGUGUCACUUUACCCCACUCCCUCUAGCAUGUAAGCUCAUUGAACAGCUCCCUCAACCCCUCUGUCCCUGUGUGUCCAACUUGUCUGGUUACAACUACAUGUCUGUUCGUCCACCCACUGUAAAGCGAUGCGGAAUUUGUUGACGCUAUAUAAAUAAUAACAUCAUCAUCAUAAUAAUAAUAAUAAUUGAUUGCGGUAUAUGCAGACUAUCCUUUGCUGUUCCAUUAUUGUUUUACUUUUUUUUUUUAUUAUUCUGUUUUUAUCUUUUGAUAAGUCUUGUGACUGGUUCUGUGCAUUAUGGCAUAAUGUAAUCCCAUCCUGGCAUGUGUGAUUUAAUUGAAAUGAAAAUAUGCCCAAGAUGGCAGCAAUAUAGAUUUUAGGCUGGAAUUAUGAGCUUAAUUCAUGACAUUUAUUUUAUUUUGAAUCAUUAAACAGAAUGAAUUCAGACUGGCUUAAAUGUUUAAGAAUUAGUUUUGGACUGUUAAUACGGACCAGGCUAUUCACUAGAGUGAAAAUUCAAAGUACAUUUCAAAAAGGACAAAGCAAGGACACAGUAGCCAAACUAGAAGCAAAUCUGAGUUAGAGAAUUUUUCCAGUUCAGCUAUCAUGGUAUCAGUGAUCAACCAAGUCUAAUACAUGUUAUUAAACUGACCUUAAUUUAAUGAAUUUGACAAUGCCAAAUUGCCAUUAACCCACUAAAAUGCUUAAUGACAGUAUAUCACUUCUUAAUCCCACUUACCGUAUAUACUCGUCUAUAUGAGUACAGUUUUUUGACCAACAGUUGUAAAAAUAGGCUAUGACUCAUGGAUGUCGAGGGUAAAACUUGGGGCUAUGAAAUUCUGUGAUUUUUUUUAUAAUUUUGUCAGAUUUUACCAAGGUAAAGAUCCUGGAACAAUCAAACAGUUACGGUACCUACUUCUCUGCAUCUCAUUGCACACGCCUAGCCCCAAAGCUAUUAGUUGACCAUGCCUGAACGUGGCAGGCACAUGCGGCUAGCAUUAUCUCGUUAGCUAGUGGUCCUGCUUGUGGCUCACCAUCAGCUGCGAUGGCAGCAGCAUUCGCCGCACUGUACACCCUGUUCCAAAUUAUUAUGCAAAUUCUAUUUAAGUGUCACAAAGAUUAAAUAUUUUGUUUUUCAGUUUAACUCAUAGAUGGCAUUGUGUCUCAGGGCUCUUUUGAUCACUGAAAACAAUCUUGGACACCUGUGAUAAUUAGAUUGCCAGGUGAGCCCAAUUUAAGGAAAAACUACUAAAGGAGUGUGUUCCACAUUAUUAAGCAAAGCACCAUUUGCAUGCAAUAUGGGGAAGAAAAAGGAUCUCUCUGCUGCCGAAUAGAGUGAAAUAGUUCAAUACCUUGGACGAGGUAUGAAAACAUUAGAUAUUUCACAAAAACUUAAGCGUGAUCAUCGCACUAUUAAGAGAUUUGUGGCUGAUUCAGAGCACAGACGGGUUUGUGCAGAUAUAGACACAUUGAGGAAGAUUUAUGCCAGAUCCAUGCAUCGGAUCAAGAGGGCAGCUGCUAAAAUACCAUUACAUAGCAGCAAACAGAUAUUUGAAGCUGCUGGUGCCUCUGGAGUCCCACGGACAUCAAGGUGUAGAGUCCUCCAGAGUCUUGCAAUUAUGCAUAAACCCUCUAUUCGGCCACCACUAACCAAUGCUCACAAGCAGAAACGGCUGCAUUGGGCAGAAAAAUACAUAAAGAAUAAUUUUCAAAGAGUCCUGUUCACUGAUGAGUGCCAUGCAACCCUGGAUGGUCCAGAUGGAUGGAGUAGUGGAUGGUUGGUUGUUCCAACAAGGCUGCGAUGUCAGCAAGGCGGUGGUGGAGUCAUGUUUUGGGCCGGAAUCAUGGGAAGAGAGCUGGUCGGCCCCUUUAGGGUCCCCGAAGGUGUAAAGAUGACCUCUGCAAAGUAUGUGGGGUUUCUGACUGACUACUUUCUUCCCUGGUAUAGAAGGAAAAACUAUGCUUUCCAUAAUAAAAUCAUGUUCAUGCCACAAAGAUUACCUCUGCAUCGAUGGCUGCUAUGGGGAUAAAAGGAGAGAAAGUCGUGGUGUGGCCUCCAUCCUCCCCUGACCUCAAUUCUAUUGAGAACCUUUGGAGCAUCAUCAAGCAAAUGAUCUAUGAGGGUGGGAGGCAGUUUACAUCCAAACAGCACCUCUGGGAGGCUAUUCUGACAUCUUGCAAACAAAUUCAAGCAGAAACUGUCCAAAAACUCACAAGUUCAAUGGAUGCAAGACUUGUGAAGCUGCUAUCAAAUAAGGGGUCCUAUGUUAAAAUGUAGCGUGACCUGUUAAAAUGUUUAAAAAGUUAAAAUGUUGUUAUAAGUUUGAUUGAAAUAGCUUUUGAUUUCAGUAAAUAUGCUGCAAACACAACAAAUGACAAUUUGCAGUUCUUUACAAACUAUAAAGGGUUUGAAACUUACUGUAUGUAAUAAUUUGGAACAGUGCAUUGUAAGUUUUUUAUGUUUAAAAAAAAUACUGUUAUCAUUAGGAGGUUUGUUCAAUAAAAUUUUAAAUGUACUCUUAAUAGCUGAUAACAUGUGAAUUAUGCUGACUGUUAUUAACAUCAAUUAUUUAGGUAAAUGAGAAAAAUAUAAUUUGCAUAAUAAUUUGAAAUAGGGUGUAUACUAAAUCAUGGCCUGUGUAUGAUUGACUCCAGGCGUAUCACACCAUAUGCUUGUAUCUAGAUCUCCAUAAGUUAACACUCUGCAUACUCGAAACUAGCACUGACCAGUGUAUAAGUCUACUCUGUCUUUUAAAAUGAAGUUUACAACUAAAAUUUCUUGACGUAUAUACUGUAACUAAACAAAUAUGUCUAAAAUGUCCCUGUUAUUAUUUCUUAUGCAGAGGAUCUUUAGGUGCUUGGAAGUCUAAAUUUUUUGAUAACCCUCUUGAUAACUAAUAAACGUAAAUUGUUGAUUUUAAUUACCCGGAUAUAAAUUUGGAUAGAGGGACUAAUAGUUCAACAAAGGGAAUUAAGUUUUUAAACUUGUUAAAUUACACCUUUAUAUCAUAACUUGAACAAGCACCAACAAGAAAGGAUGCUUGUCUGGAUCUGGUUAUAGCAAAUAUUGCUGAUCUUUUGACCAACAUUCAUGUAGGGGAACACUUGGGGGAAAAAAAGCAAAUGCACAUGGGGUAUACUAAAACAUAUAAGUUUAAAAAGGCCAAUGAAAAUAAGAAAAGGGCAUUUAAAGCAUUUAAAUCUGACAAGUCAGAGGCAUCCUAUAAAAGAUAUAAGGAAGCCAUGGGCGUCCGCAGGAAUUUUUCCAGAGAUGGCAUAUUUUUAAUGAAUGACAUCCAUGCUCAGCCCCUUUUUUUGCAGGGCCAGACUGGGGCUACCAAGCAGACCUGGAAAAAAAAUAACGGCUGAAAAGGGGGGGAGGGGUCAGGGCCGUGGUGGGGGGUGAGGGUUAAUAGGAAGGGCGAAGUGCAAUGGGGGGAGGUCAGGAUCUGUGGUGGGGGUCAGGACCUGUAGUAGAGGGGUUAGAACAUGUAGUGGGGGAUCAUAGGUUAUAAAAGGGUGUUAGGGGCUGUAAUGGGGGCUAGGGCCUGUAGUGGGUGCUUAGUGGCAAUAGUGAUGGGUUAUAUGUAGUAGGUGGUUAGAGGCAAUAGUGGGGGGUUAAAGGCUGUAGUGGGGUUUAGAACGUGUAGAGGGGGUUAGGGGCAACAGUGGGUUAGGACUUUUAGUUAGUGGUUAGAGGCAAGAGUGGGGGAUUAAUAGCUGUAGUGGGUGGUUAGAGGCAAGAGUGGGGGAUUAAGGGGGCGGGGCCUGACCGCCAUGCUGACCGGUCGCAGGCUAGAGAGGCUCCUGACACAUUUGGUCCCCUAUGGCACAAAACUUUAAAAAUAAAGCAAUCCGAGUGACCAGAAGCCGUCUUAAGCACCCAGGCAGAGGCCGGAGCCACCGCAGUCCCUGAGAUCGGGAGUUCCAGAGCCCCCAGCAGGAGAUAUGGGACUUUGGGGCCUGCGGCCUAUGAGGGUGGAGAGCGGGACGGACGGCCGCCGUCCUGCUUGUGAACCUGGCCACCCGGCAGCAGCCUUGCGAUGCACCUCGCAGGCCCCGCUUCCCCCCCCAUGGACCGGGGGGGUUAUCCCGGUCCCCAUCGGAGGGAAACACCGUCCUACAAAGGCCCUACAUCAUGCCUACUUGGAGUUACGCGCUACGAGCCAGGGCACUAAAAUGGCGGCGCCACGAUCUGUAAUGGAUGACGCAACCUCGCCUCUCUGCAGACGGAACCACCUUGCUGAGCAUCACCCCUACCGAACAAGCCUGCACACAACCCUGCCUUCCAGCUACAUGGCGAGGGGGCUGGGGCUGAAGAUGGAGGGCAGAGUCGGCAUGAGGGGCCCACGGAAGCUCCACUCACUCUACAAUGCCCAUUGACUACCCUCAACGCCCGCACACAACUAGACACCGCUAACCGAGAUGCAACUUGCCUCCAACACGAGACUCUUAUGCAUAGUCCCCCAGGACUCAUCAGGAGGGCUAAUACCAGCCUCGGACUUACCGACUAUCUGCAGCACUCUGUGGACUGUAGCAUGUAUAGGGGCAGAUCUAUCUAUGGUGAUUUCAGUCACUAACACUCACCACAGCAUGUUAUACCGCUAUUUUAAUUAAGCUCUUUUCUAGCUGCUAGCCUCUGCCAGGAGCUUUGUUGGUAAGCGAUCCCACAUUUAUAAACUAGCUUAUCUGCCCAUGUUGAAGCAUGUUACUCCUAUCACUUAAACAUACCAAUAGUGCAAGUACUUAAAGCAUGUAUCCAGUAAAAAGCGUAAACAGAAUAUAGUGCUUGCACAUAGCCUUAUCUAUGUACCUAUUUUAUGAAAACUGUACAUUGCCUAGCGAAUACCCUACCUGAUAUCUAGCUAUGGUUUAAGCUUGUUAAUAUAAUAUAAAAUGAGGUUGACAAUCCUAGGAGAAUUCUGUAAUAUGUUACGAUGACCCUAAUCUGUACAACUCUUGCAAGUCUCCCUCUCUUUUUUCUGUACCACCAUAAUCACAUGCCUCAAAAAAUAAAGAAUUCAAAAAAAAAAAAAGAGUGGGGGAUUAAUAGCUGUAGUGGGUGGUUAGAGGCAAGAGUGGGGGAUUAAGAGCUGUAGAGGGUGGUUAGAGGCAAAAGUGGGGGGGUUAAGGGCUGUAGUGGAGUCUAGUACUUGUAGUGGGUGGUUUGGGGCAAUAGUUUGGGGUUAGGACCUCCCCCCCCCCUAAGCUGUACCUCUGUCUCCAUUAACCAUUUUUAACCUCUUCCUCCUCAAGCACCAUUUAUUUCUGCUCUAACUUACCUCUCUCUUGAGUCUCUGCUCUCUUUCUCUCCACCAGCCCCUGAGCAGCAAGCCUCUGCAGUAAUCUGUAGUGUUUCCUCCUGCAGGCAGCUCCUCCUUGCAGAGCUUACUACACAUGCCGGGAGCACACAGCAUGCGUGUAGAAGGAGGAGGGGAUGUCACUCCCUAUCCCCUCCUCGUAUUUAGAACUGAGCACUCCUCCCUGCACACAGAGAGCAAGACCUGGCAGGGAGACUUGUAACACUGCUAGGUCUCGCUCUAUAAAGAGGGGUGGAGGGGAUGGUUGACACUUCCUGUCAGAGGAUCUAUUGAUCUCUAUGCCACUUGAUCAGCAGCAGGCUUUCCUCUGAAGCACCCUAGUGAGCUGUGAAGCUCUGGCCCUGGGGGUGGAAGAAAGCUGAAAAAUCCAGGUGGGGCAAGUGCCCCAUCUUACCCCCUUCUGCGGAUGUUCAUGAAGGAAGCCAAUAAUGCAUGCAAAAAGGCAAUUAGAUCUGCUAAACUACAAAAUGUGGGAGUAAUAGCAAAAGGGAGAAAAAGAACAACCCCAAAGCAUUUUUUUAAGUACAUAAAUUCUAAAAAAGAUGAAAGUACACUGAAAACCAGGUUGGGGCGUUAAUUAAAGAAGACGAGGAAAAGGCAGACAUUUUAAAUAACUAUUUCUCCUCAGUGUAUAUUAAGGAAGAACCUAUGGCUAUAGAUAUGAAAAUGAUUGCUUGGAUGAUGCAAAAGUUGUGAUUGGAUGACUGCAGCAACUAAAGAAAGGGAUGCGCAAAUUGUAUCUCACUACACCCAGUACAUGCAGUUCCGGGUGCUGGGCAGGUUGUUGUUUUUUUCUUUUAGGCCUGUUACGAGCUAGCAGCAGAGGUUUUUUUCCCCUAGGAUCCAGGUCCCCCACACAGCUGCAGGGGACUUGAAUCUACUUUGAGGCAUCCAGGGCCAGCGUGUCCAUAAGGCAGCACAGCCGGCCACCUUAGGGUGCACCGGCUCUGGGGGCGCAAGAUUCGAGUGACCGACAGGAGGAAAGCGCACAGCGCUCCCUCCUACCAGUCACUCAGUGUAGCGUGGCUGAGAGGACUAUGAUACAGGAGCUUCAGUUUUUUUGUGCUUGGCCAGACUGACAUGAAGUUGAAGAGGAUAAACUACUAAGGGAAGAACAACUAGAUGCAUACUUACAAAAAUAUAAUAUUUAAGAAUAUAAUUUUUCACUUGUAGGGUAUUAGCUUCUAGAUCAAGGGAUAAGGCGGACUGCCAUUCUGGGGUCAAGAAGGAUUUUUUUCCUAGUUUGUUGCAAAUUUGGAUAUGCUUCAAACUGGGUUUUUUGCCUUCUCUUGGAUCAACAGCAAAAAACAGAUGUGUGGAAGGCUAGAUGGACACAUGUCUCUUUUCAGCCUAUGUAACUAUGUAAACUUUAUUUUCUACAGCCUCCUUCUACUAUUAUGUCAUAAGGCAGAGGUAAACAGCCUAUCACACAUUGGCGGAUCCAGGGGGGGGGCAACGGGGCAAUUGCCCCCCCCCGAGAAAUCCGCCGGUCUCCCUCCCCUGCCUGCCGUGCAAUGUGCCUGCGGACCGGGGAGGAAGAUCACAGAUCUCCCUCCCCGGUCCGCAACCACUGUGCUUACAGCCGGCGGGGGAGGGAGGGAGUGAGAGAGGACCCGGAGCUCAGCCUGCAGCUCCUCCGGGUCCUCCUCUCUCGAGAUUUGGAGCGUUGCCGCGGUUACCACGGCAACGCUCCAAAUCUCGCGAGACUGAACUCUAGCCCGGGAGCGCGGGCUAGAGUUCACUCUCACCACUGGGACCACCAGGGAAUCACCACUGGGACCACCAGGGAUCGGAAUAUGUCCCCCCUCCUCCCCAGUAAAGGUAAGAAGGGAGGGGGGACAUAGGAUAUUUAUUUUAUUAAAUAAAAUAAAAAAAAAAUAUUAUUUAAAAGCCUCCUUCCCCCCCAUUACACACACUGCCCCCCCCAUACCACACACUCCCCCCCCAUACCACACACUGCCCCCCAUAUCACACACUGCCCCCCCAUACCACACACACACUGCCCCCCACACACACACUGCCCCCCACACUGCCCCCCAUUACACACACUGCCCCCCAUUACACACACACUGCCCCCAUACCAAUACUAAUUCCCCAUAUCACACACUGUCUCCCCAUUACACACACUGCCCCCCAUACACACACCGCCCCCAUACACACACCAAGUUCCAUGUCUCACACACUGCCCCCAUACACACACUGCCCCCCAUACACACACUGCCCCCAUACACACACCGCCCCAUACCAACAAUACCACACCGGCCUCCAUUACACACACUGCCCCCAUACACACACUGCCCCCCCAUACCACACACUGCCCUCCCCAUACCACACACUGCCCCCCCCAUAUCACACACUGCCCCACAAACACUGUCCCCAUACACACACACUGCCCAAUACACACACUUCCCCACAAACACUGUCCCCCAUACACACACUUCCCCAUGCACACACACACUGACCCCUCAUACACACACCAAGUUCCACAAACACUAUCCAUAGCCAAUAAUAAUUGUCCCAAUACACACACUGCCCCCAUACACACAUUGCCCCACAAACACACACACUGUCCCCAUACACACACACUGUCCCCCAUACACACACUGUCCCCAUACACACACUGCCCCACAAACACUGUCCCCAUACGUACAUUCCCCCAUACACACACACUGACCUCCCAUACACACACUGCCCCACAAACACUGUCCCCAUACACACACACUGCCCCCAUACACACACUUCCCCACAAACAUUGUCCCCAUAUACACACUGCCCCUCCAUACACACACUGUCCCCAUACACACACACACUGCCCCACAAACACUGUCCCCCAUACACACACUGUCCCCAUACACACACUGCCCCACAAACACUAUCCCCAUACACACACUGCCCCCCAUACACACACUGCCCCACAAACACUGUCCCAAUACACACACUGCCCCCAUACACACACUGCCCCACAAACACUGUCCCCAUACACACACUGCCCCACAAACACUGUCCCUGACAUACACUGCCGCACUCACACACUUCACCCUUAACACACACCACUGCUCCUAUACCCUAUAUCCCAGCAGACCCCAGGUAAGUUGUCAAACUGUUCUUAAACAGUAUGACUACUUACUCUGGGGUGGAAUCCUGGCACUACUGACACCAUAACUACUACACUGAGCUGUAGUAGUUAUUGUGCCUGGAUUAUUUAUUUAAAUAAUCUACAAGUGCCCCUCCCGAGAUCAGGCUCUGGAUCCGCCACUGCUAUCACAUAUGUGCCGACUAUGGCACUUGAGGUGCCUUUGCAUGGCACUAACAGCUGCCAGAGCCAAACAUGCUCUGGCCUAUCAGGAGUCCCAAUGGAACUUCAGAUAUUUGCUAGUGCAACCUGAGCGGUGAUUGCCGGUGGGGAGGGACAAUCGUCAUUUUAUUCACUACAGCACUUGUGAUCUCAGAUCACUUCCUCCCAGCACUUGUGAAUGGGAAUCUGCACUGGAGUAGGUGAGCCUGCAGCAGCUCCUGCCGUUGACAUGUACCUGGCCAGUUGCAGCAUUAUUUAUGAUAGCUCUGUGCCACAUUCACAGGGGACUGUGUUAAUAACAAAAUGUUGAAAGCAAGUAAAGUGCAUCUGAGUAGUCUCUUGGCAUUUGAAGGGUGUUCAUACAACCUGAUCUAUAAAUGUUCUUGUCCUAUUUUAGAUAAAAACAUAAUGUUUCAAGCUUGAUUUUGUUGUACUUCAGUAAUCAUUGACUACAUGUGUUACCAUGUAGGUAAAGGAUCACUAUAGUGUCAGGAAAAUAAACCCGUUUACCUGACACUAUUUAAUCCUUGGGGAUAAUCCAAAGUAGUCUGGGUGCCUAUAGUGGUCCUUUAAGUGCAGAGAUACUCUGGCAGUGUAGAAAGUCUUUUUAGAAGGCACAAUCAGCACCCUUUGCUGGAGGCUAAUGGUUUUUGGGUUACCUAGAGCUGGCUUACAGGAGUUGGGAAACAGAUUGUCAGAUAGGCAUACAGAAAGAUAUAUAGUAUCCUUGCCACAUGUAUUGCUGGUUGUUCUCUUCCUCCAGUCUGCAGCCUCUGUUUCCUAGUAGCUCAACUCCAGAGUCAAAGUACGUACUGGGAGACAGAGGCCAAUCCAUGAACACAUUAUGUGAAAAAGGGACGACGUGGCUAAGGAGGCACGAAACCUAUUGUAUUAUAUUUUAACAAAAUUAUCUAAUUUUGAAUAGGGAGAAAAAUAUAAAACCAAAACCAAAUGAGACUGUUAUUUUUGUGUUUACACCUUUUAGUCGAUAGAUUUUUCUCUAUAUUAUCAUUAAAUUAAACUUAUUUUUCAAUUUAACACUUUGUUCAGUUUUUGAUUUUGCGAAUGCUCCUUGUUGAUAUCUAAAGUAUAACAUAAUUCAUUAUGCAUUUUCCUUUGUUACAGGUCUCGGUUUCAGUGCAUACAUUGUAA